GAUUGUUUAACUUUGCAUCAUCUGACACAGGACGCGUUUACAUGAAUUGGAGGAAUACGGAGAAAAAGUUUAAACAUGUUGUAUCCAGUAAUUAUCAUUCUGACCGUCAGCACGAUACAUGAAAGUUAUGCUUCCUGGUGCUCUAAUCAGACUCAGGCAAUGUGUUCGUGCUUUCAGACAUCGAUUUCGUGUUCCGAACAGCCCAGUUUAACGCAAAUACCUAGUAAUAUUCCAACAGAUACCACGUACUUAGACCUCACUAGAAAUGGUAUAACUUCAGUAGACGCAACUUCAUUAUCUGGAUUAACAUUACUUACAAGGCUAGCAUUAGAAGGAAACCAACUGUCCAGUAUAGAACCCGGGGUAUUCAACGGUCUUUUUUCAUUGAUAAUUUUAGGUUUAGAAAGAAACCAACUGUCCAGUAUAGAACGCGGGGUGUUCAACGGUCUUUUGUCAUUGGAAUCUAUACACCUGUUCGAGAACAAGAUUAUUUCAAUAGAAGCAAAUGCAUUCUAUGGAUUAACAUCACUUAUGUAUCUAAGUUUACAUACCAACCACAUUUCCAAUAUAGAACCCGAGAUGUUCAAAGGUCUUGUUUCAUUGAAGAGCUUAGACCUAUACGGUAAUAAUUUGACAACAGUAUCAGCCAAUCUGUUUGAUUCAACGACAAAUUUAGAAGAAUUGGAAUUACGAGGAAAUCUGCUGAUGUGUUGUACCAUGAUAGGUUUGAUUGAAUGGGCCCGAAAUCAAACCAGAUUGGACUCUUUUACUGGAAGAUGCUCUGAUUUCAACCAAACAAAUGAUAUAAAUAGCUUUAAUUCAACAAACUGUCCAGUUGACGGCGAAUGGGGAUCCUGGUCGACUACGCCAUGUUCCGUUACCUGUGGAAAUGGUUUUAUAUUUCGAUAUAGAAGUUGUGACAGCCCAUUUCCUUCUAAAGACGGACAACUUUGUGUUGGCACUAAAUUUGACUUCCUAAAUUGUAGCUUGGGGAAUUGUCCAGAACCAUGCAAAGAAUCAGACAAAACAUCAGAAUGGAAGAAAGCAAAAGAAGGAAAGUGGAGAAGAAACCGCAGAAGACAAUUACAUUAAAGACAAGAUAUAUGUUGAAAAUGGAUAUGUGGGACACUAAAAGAACACAUUAGUUGUUUUUAUUUCUAAAAAGAUUGACACGGGAAUUAUAUUUAGUUUUGUCGCUUCUUAUCUAAGAUUGUUUAAAUUAUUUCUUUUGCGUUAUACAACACCUAUUUUUACCUUUUGUGUAAAGAAGAACAUUGUUAUUUAGUUUUGGUGGCAUAAUUUGUAUAAAAUGCAUAUUCAUUAUAAACAAAAUAUUCUAUAUAUUUUACACAUAUAUAUUUAUAGACAAUAGUAAAAUCAGGUUAUAAAACAAUGUAUUUUGGGAUAAUUACGUUUAGACUAUAUCAUGUUGCAUUGUGGGAUUAUAGAUACGUUUAUGUUGACAUUUAUGUUGCUGUUAUUAUAUAUCUUAUGUUUAAUUUCUGUUUUAUUAAAAGUGGGUAUCAAUUCAU